CUAGAUUAUAGACGGCAAGAGAGAGAGAAAAAAUGAUGUGUUCCAAAAAUAAAUCGUGUAACCCUACACUGAGUUUAAAGACCCCUUUCUCCUUUUUCUCAAUAUACACUUUUUCUCUCUCUUGUUUUGUUGAAAUGAAGCCACAAUUGAAUAGUCGACUUGUUCGACUAAUAUCUCUAGUAUUUCUUAUAGCAUGUCUGUUGUUUCUCUUCAAGUAUAUCAUACACUUGGAAGAAAGAAAUAGCUUAUUAAAAGAGCAAGAAGAAGAGCAAAAUCGAUUACUGCUAAAACAAGAGAAAGAAAGAGAACAAGAAAGAAGAAAGCAGCUAGAGAUAGAAAGGGAAAAGAAGAGAAUGCAAAAGAUUCUAGAAAAUAGAGCCAUUGUUGAGCCAGAAAUUACUGUAGAAAAUACCAUCGACCUUAUCGACAAAUACUAUGUUGCCGUUCCUACACCGAUUGAAUCAUGGAAAGUUACUCAAGUCACCCAUUGGACAGCGAUUCGCAGCUGACCUUUUCACUACCACUGAUUCACAAGAUAAACCAGACUUUAAGCUUUUGACAAGCAAACAAAGAAUAUUCAAAUCACUCUUUCAAUACUUUGACCCCAUCAUUGCCGAAGGCUUAGUCGACGUGACCAAGGAACCUGCCUAUAAGGAAACCUGGGCUAUCUACAGCAAAUUAGAAAAUUCACUUUAUCCUUGGAUCAAACCAUUUUGGAAAAAUGCAUUCAAGAUCAACACAACCAUCAAGCAGGACAAAGGCAUUGUCAUGUGCGUAGGCGAAGAUCAGUUCAAACACGCAGCUUCAGCUGUCAGAGCCCUUCGACAGGUGCUCAAGUCAGAUUUACCAAUUGAAAUAUUUUAUAUCAACCAGGACGACUUAUCAAAGAGCAAACGAGACUACUUUGAAACCUUUGAAAAUGUAAAGACAGUCGAUAUCUCAACGAUCAUCAAUGAUGAAUACACUCAAUUCGGUGGUUGGGCCAUCAAACCUUAUGCCAUGCUCGCAAGCAGUUUCCGUCAUGUCAUUUUGAUGGAUGCGGAUGUAUUUAUGUUUCAAAAGCCCGAUACUCUAUUUGAAGACGAAGGCUACAAACGAACAGGUGCACUCUUUUUUUUGGAUCGCACCUUAUUUAAUAAUUACGAAGAGGGUCGUCGAUGGUUAAAGUCGUUUUUACCCACUUAUAGCACCUACGUUGAGCAAUCCCGCUGGUGGAAAAAGACAUCUGCUCAUGAACAGGAGUCAGGUAUUGUUGUGAUGGAUAAAAAGAAGGUACUGUUUGGCUUGCUGUCAACUUGCAAAAUGAAUGAUAAACAAGAGAGAGAUAUGGUAUCUUAUAAACAUAGUCAUGGUGAUAAAGAGACAUUCUGGACUGGUUUCGAAAUGGUUCAAACACCUUAUCUAUUCCCUAGAUCAUAUGGCGCAGUUCUUGGAGGACUGGGCGAUUCUGGUGCAGCAGGAACCGUGUGUGGCAAUCAGCUUCAUCUGGAUACAAACAAGAGACCAUGGUGGUGGAAUGGAGGACUACUAAGAGAUAAAAACCGUUGGGAGAAUCGAUAUUUGAUGUUCACUCAUUAUGCAGAAGGAGAAGACUGGCAAUUUGAGACAUCAUGCAUUAAAGAAAAGGAUAGGAUAUACGAAUUAAAUGAACAUGAAAAGGAGAUUGGGGAAAAGUUGAUCGAAUUGGAUAAGGAAAGAAAGAAAGCUGAUGAUAUUUAAAAAUAAAACCGUAGACAACUAUAUCCAUUAAAAUCAAAGUUCUGUUCAGGCCUGCAUGUACAUUUAAAGUAGUUGGCUGGACAAUGUGUAAAUGAAUUGGCUACUCUGUAUCCGACCGUAUCGAAGAAUUGAAUGUCUUUCUUUGUCAAGAAUAACACAGCACCCAAGGAUUGAAUGAUUGGAUCACCCCACCUUUCAUAAAAUAUUCCAUUUGAGCUGUCUAUAUAUUCCCAAUACUGCUGAUACUUUUCACUUUUGAAAAAGUCAAGAUUGGAUAUCUAUACAUACUUUUAUCAGCGCAUCCAUUGUACUUGGAGUAUUUCAUACCUGGAAAUUAU